UGCCCCUGAGAUCAUGACCUGAACCGAGAUCAAGUUAGAUGCUUACCCUACUGAGCCACCCAGGUGGCCUGUAGUUACUUUUUAAUGAAACAGGCAUAGAAUAUGUCCUUUGGACUUAGGAUCAUACUGGGACCCCACAGAAGAAACCUUUAGGAACUUUGGUCCUUGCUCCUAGAAUUGCCUCUGUCACUGAUAGAAGGCAGGAGAACCAGGAUUCUCUUAAGCUCUCCGGGGCAACAGGCGAGGUGACCAAUCAAGUCCUAGGCCUGGGGUGUGUUGUUGGAGGUGAAUGUGUUGCUAGGACUACUGAAUCCUGGGUGACCGACCAGACAGAAGGGAGAUCCUACUUCACGUCCUGAGCCUGCGUCCUGCCAGCUUGUGGACAUGUCUGUGAGAAAGGUGACAAAAGUCGAAGAGGAUUUUCAAAGGGUCCUGGGAUUUAAGAAGAUGGCCGACAGGUGGCGAAACUCGCAGGCUCGCUGUCUGUGGCAGACGACGCUCAGCCAGAGGAGAAACCUGAACGCUACCGCGAGGUUGCAGGACACCCUGGGACAGGAGUUAGCGCUGGCCCACAAGCAACUCCUGACGGCCCGUCGCGCGGCCCUGCGCGCGCUGCUGGAAGCGGAGCAUCGCGGGUGGCGCCGGGAGCUGGGCGCGGGCGGCGGAGCGCGCGGCGCGGAGAGGCUCUGAGCGCGUCUGCGGCGGCGGAGCGCGCGGCGCGGACGGACGCGCGUCCCUCGGUCCCGAGUCCCCGGAUCUCAACACUGUUCAUUCGUGGCCAUAAACCCGAGAACGGCUCCGUGGGUCGUGCUCCCGCCUCAGGCCUCAUUCUCCGGUCGCGUCCGUCUGGGACCCGCCGCUCGGCGCGCGGCCGCGUGUCGGGGGGCCCGGGGCAGGUCUCUCUCCCCCGGACCCGCAUUCCUACCUGCCCCCGCCGCAUACGGACAAGGCCCCGAGGUGUCACGGAGGCGAGGCCGGUGGGCCGGCGGGUGCGGGAAGCGAGGAGCCGUGAGGCUUGGGGGGACCGUCCGGCGCGUUCCCGCCGGAGGACCCAGCGCCCGCCGAGCUCCGCAGAGCGCCGGCCGGACACGCGCGUCCGGAGCCCCCGGCUCUGCUCACGAAGAUCCACUCUCCGUAAAACGAGAUCCCAGGCCUGGGAGCUCCCUGUUGCGCAGCCGGUGACGGGGGGCGACGGGGGCGUCGGGGGCGACGGGUGAGGGGGCACCACCGGGCCCACUUCCCUGGCCCCUCACGUGCCGUCUGCAUCCCCGCUGCCCCCUCGUGCUGUCCUCACCGACCCCGCGCCGCCCUCCGCCCCGGGGCUGUGCGCCCCGCAGGCCC